CCCAGAAUCGGUUUCCGGUUUCCGUCGCUGUGAUGUCGGAAGGAUUGUGGAUUUGGUGCUGAAAUUUUCUGCAUAGUGUGGAAAACAACCACGACUUUUUUAUUAUUAUUUUGAAUCACAUUAAUUCAAAUACAGGGGUGACUGAGAGGUGCUCGAUGUGACUGGCAGCCGUCGACCAUGAGUAACAGCCACCCUCUGCGUCCACUGGCCUCCGUGUCGGAGAUCGACCACAUCCACCUGUUGUCGGAGCAGCUGGGAGCCCUGGUGCUCGGAGAGGAGUACAGCGAUGUUACCUUCAUCGUGGAGGGGAAACGGUUCCCGGCGCACCGGGUCAUCCUGGCAGCCCGCUGCCACUACUUCAGGGCCUUGCUGUACGGUGGGAUGAAAGAGUCUCAGCCCCAGGCGGAGGUGUGUUUAGAGGAGACUCGGGCUGAAGCCUUCUCCAUGCUGCUACACUACCUGUACACGGGCAGGGCCAGCCUCAGCUCCGCCCGGGAAGAGGUGCUGCUGGACUUCCUGGGCCUGGCUCACCGCUAUGGCCUCCAGCCACUGGAGGACUCUACCUCCGAGUUCCUCCGCACCAUCCUGCACACCAACAACGUCUGCCUGGUCUUCGAUGUGGCCAGCCUGUACUCCCUGAGCGCGCUCAGUGCAGCCUGCUGUGCCUAUAUGGACAGACACGGACCCGAAGUGUUGAAUUCUGACGGCUUCCUCAUGCUCUCCAAGACUGCUCUGCUGACGGUUGUCAGGCGGGACUCGUUUGCCGCCAGUGAGAAGGAGAUCUUCCAGGCCUUGAGUCGUUGGUGCCGGCAGCACGAGGAUGGAGCCGACACCCAGGAAGUGAUGUCAGCAGUCCGGCUGCCACUCAUGACUCUGACAGAGAUGCUGAACGUGGUGCGACCGUCUGGCCUGCUGAGUCCAGACGACCUGCUGGACGCCAUCAAGACCCGCUCCGAGAGCCGCAACAUGGACCUCAACUACCGUGGCAUGCUCAUCCCGGAGGAGAACAUUGCCACCAUGAAGUACGGCGCUCAGGUGGUGAAAGGGGAGCUGAAGUCGGCGCUGCUGGACGGAGACACCCAGAACUACGACCUGGACCACGGCUUCUCCAGACAUCCCAUCGAGGAGGACGGCCGGGCGGGGAUCCAAGUCAAACUGGGCCAAUCCUCCAUCAUCAACCACGUCCGCCUGCUGCUGUGGGACAGGGACAGUCGGUCCUACUCCUACUACAUCGAGGUUUCUAUGGAUGAGCUGGACUGGGUGCGUGUUGUGGACCACUCUAAGUACCUCUGCCGCUCUUGGCAGAAUCUGUACUUCACACCACGAGUCUGCAGGUACGUUCGCAUCGUGGGAACACACAACACGGUCAACAAGGUCUUCCACCUCGUGGCUUUUGAAUGCAUGUUCACACACCGCUCCUUUACCCUGGAGAACGGACUUCUGGUGCCCGGUGAGAACGUGGCGACCAUCGCGGCGUGUGCCAGCGUCAUCGAGGGCGUGAGCCGCAGCAGGAACGCCUUGCUCAACGGCGACACGCGCAACUACGACUGGGACUCGGGCUACACCUGCCACCAGCUGGGCUCCGGAGCCAUCGUCAUCCAGCUGGCUCAGCCCUACUCCGUCUCAUCCCUGAGGCUGUUGCUAUGGGACUGUGACGAGCGCUCCUACAGUUACUACGUUGAAGUUUCCUCCAACCAGCAGCAGUGGACGAAGGUGGUGGACCGCACCAGGGCGGCGUGUCGAUCAUGGCAGACAUUGAAGUUUGAUAAGCAGCCGGCUUCCUUCAUCCGUAUUGUUGGGACUCACAACACUGCUAAUGAGGUGUUCCACUGCGUCCACUUCGAGUGUCCGGCUCAGCUGGACACGGAGGUUAAUGAAGGCAGCCCGGGCCUGGACCCCUCUGACCCCGGCUCCCCCUCCCAGCAGCCCAGACCCCUGAGACCGUCACGCACACACAGUCUGCAGCCCUCCCAGCCCUCCCAGCUCUCCUCCUCUUCAUCAUCCUCCUCACAGUCUCAUCAUUAAGAGCCCCCCUCCUCCUCCUCGCCCCUCAUCGGGAGGUUUUGAGAGGAAGGGAGGCCUCCGAAUGCCAUUUUGCACAGCCUUCAUCACCCAGACUGCACUGCUACAGCGCUGCUAACGGCGAUCGUCUCAUUGUCAUAACCCAUGGUCCUUCUGUCGUAAGUGCAACAUUAGAGACUGGUAUAUCUGUAGCAGCAGCAGCGUUUAGGGCUCCAGUCUUCCCAGUUCUGAAACAGAAGGUUAGGUUUUACAUCCACUGGCUCAUACAUUUUUGUGAAGGUACUUUUUUAGCUACUAAGACUCGAGUUUUUUCCUUCAAAAACCAUCAAAAGUGGAAUCUUUACUUCUCCAAAGACGAGGCACACACUGAAUCGUGGUUACACUGUACCACCAAAGAGCAGUAAGACCAGUGUGGGGGGGAGGGGGAGGGGUUGCUAUCCGAAUUUUACGAUUUCCAAAAGAGAUGGAUUUUAUCCGUAAACAAGCUAUUUUUUUAAGAAAACUGUCUUAAAGAUGACUCUACUCACUUUUCAUACCAUCAAGCUAACAGGGUAGCAGUCGAGUAUUUUUCAACGUUUGGAAUUAAAUUCUUCAAAGGUUUGCCAAAGCUGUGGAGCUUAAUGCAUUCUGUGGCAUUUGUAUGCAAUUUGCACUUAAUCCAAUUAUGCAUUUGCAUAUUAAGUAAUCGCUGUUGAGUAUCUGUUGACAGGCUUUCACAACCGUAAAACCAAAAUCCGCGGUCCUUAUCCGGUGUGACUUUUUUGAUAGUUAAAUUCAUACCUCAAGAGAAACCUCACGAAAACUAAACUUUGAUCGACUUAAGUGUCUUAAUUUAGCGUUUUAGGCACUUGAAUAGCUUAGCACAAACGAUCCGGGGGAUUUAAAUUGGGUUGUGAAAAUUGGGGCUGAGGGGCUCGGACCAAAUUCUGUAUGCACUAGGGCUGCAAGGAAGAUAAGUUUAUACACGGUAAAUACACGAGCAGCUGCUACCGGCACUUUAUUUUACUCAAGUACACAGAAAUAAAGGUUGCAGCUUGGGUCUUCUGACUGAAGUACAGUACUGGAGUGCUGGGUUUGGUGACUUUCUGUUUGUAUGUUAUAUUAAUUUAAACACUUCCUCGCUCUUGGAUCUGUCAGGUUUGACCUCUUUUGUGUGUGUGUUGUUUUUUUUUUUUUUUGUUGUUUUUUUGAGGUUUGUUUUUAAAUUAAGCUAUCAGUGCUGUGGUUCCUGUUUAUUUUAUCUGUGUCCUGAUGUUGCACUUUUGAGUUGUUUGUCUCUGAAAAAAAAACUCCUUUUUUUUUUUUUUUUUUUUAAAACCUUUUGUUUGUGAAUAACCUGAAAUACCUAUCCACCCUGGGUGACCCGCUGAUGUUUCUAUAGGCCUUCUUUAGUCAUCCCCAUCUACAUUUUAGAAGAACUCCCAUAGUUGCAUAAAGUCUUCCUUAAUAACUUAACAAGAGAAUUGAAAUAGGGCUUUGUUCAGGUUACAUUGUAAUGUAGAUAAUACACUCCCCAACCCUCAUUACCUUUAUGUAUGUGUAUAGUUUUACUUAAUAUAUAUAUUAGUUUGGACUAUUGACGUGUGAUUGCAUUUCACUGCCUCUUAUUCAAUACAUUGCCUGUCAAAAAUGUGAUUUAUGAAAACAACUGACAUUGUUUAUUAAUGUUCAUUGCUGUGAGGGGUCACACCCGUCUGCUUGCCUGAAUCGCUGCUGUUAAAACACAGCGGACGUCUUUGAUACAAGCAAUACAGUAAUCUCUAACUUCUGUUCAGUCUCGAGAAACUUCUGUUAACAGACCAAGAGUGGCGAUCGAUGGGUCAACAUGUGUUCAUCAUGCUCUCGGCACUGAUGCCCCCGGCAGCUCUUUAGAAAAUGUUGAUGUGUAAUUGCUGUCCUACGGAGCUAUUUUACUGUCAUGAAACAUUUAAAAACAUCUAAUUUUGAAGCUCAGAUUGUAUUUUUUGUCUUGUUUCCAUUUUCUCAGACUCCUCUGAUGUGAUGAGGGGUAAUCCAUGUAUUUGUGUAGCUGUGGAACUGAUGAGCAUUAUAUGGACAUAGUCACACUUUUAA